GGCGGUGGGACGGAGGCGGAAUUGGGCCUUAAUCGACGGUCUCCGGGCUUUUCCGUUAAGGUCCGGAGCAGCCGAGGCCCUUUUGGAACUUGGUGCCGGCAGCAGGGCCCCAAAUCGCUCUUGUUGGCUCUUGUUCUAUUUUUGAUCAUGACUAACCUUAAAAUCUCAUCUUAGGAAAUUUUGUCCCUUUUAGAUGCAUGAACUUUAUUAUUACUACAGCAUGAGUUCAUACGUUUCCAGAGACAACUGUCAAUGAUCAGUUGAUACCCCUAACUUAUGGGGGAAGGGGGAAUGUGAGGUAGUCUAAAGCAGGGCUCCUUCGGAACCAGAUCAAGGAACUGGCAGAUGAGUGUAUGUGCACAUCCCCACUUGUGCAAGCAACGGGCAAGUACAUGGGCAUGCGUGCCCGCCACUCAUGCAAAUGGAGCUGCAUGCACGCGCAUGCUGCUCACACAGAACCAUACCCUCCCUCCCCGCAAAGCCGGAAAGAUUGUGGAAGUCUGGUCUAAAGAAGCAGAUAUAAUCAAUAAGUGCACAAGACUCGCUGGCAGGAAAAAAAAGAACAAGAGCCUACAAAUCUUAAGUCACUUGAUCGAAUGUGUCUAUUACGUGUUUGUUUUCUUGCUAGUGUUCAACAUGAAAAAAAUAUAAUAAACCAGUACUUUAUUCUUUUAUACACUAAAAUUGAGAUAUGUUGCCUGUUGAUGAAUAACACUUAAAGGGGUGUCUUCUUUUGUGCGAGAGUGUUUGAAGAGGAAAUAUUUGUGCAUAACAAAUCCUGAUUUGUCUCCAGAAAGUUUGCAUUCUGUUUUGUGUUUUGCAUCUUCUGGUCAGGUGGUCAUCACUCUCCACUUUUGAAAUAAUGAAAUCUCAUUCUAAAGUAGGUUCUAUUCUUUUCUUGGUUUUUCACUAGGCUAGUAUAAGGAGCAAAGGUCUCAUACUGCAGUUAAUUCACCCAAAGUAAUUUUUUGUAUCUUAAAAAAAACCCACUGUCAAGAUAAAUCAUACUUCCAUAUGUUGAGGGUUUGCUGCCAAGUCAGACUUUGGCAAUACAAUCUGGGGAGUUCUGGAAAUGUAAAAGAAAGACAAAAAUGGCCCCCAAAAAGAUAGAACAGAACCAGUUUUCAACCAAUUCUUUUAUACUGGACCACACAACUCCAGAUAAGGGGUUCUGCUAACGUUCUUCUGAGCAUUGUCAGCAGAGAACACGCUUCUGUCCAUUUUAUUUGUGCUCUUUCAGACAGUUCCAGAUAUAAGAACUUUUGAAACAUGAUGAUACAAACCCCAGGAAUUCCUUGGACUGGGACACUUGCUGGUAGGCAGGCAGUAAGGCCCUGCGCUCCGUGCGCGACGACUUCCUGGCCGCCGUCGCCUCCAGGGCAGCCAAGAUGGCCGCGCGCUGGAGCAGCGAGAAUGUGGUGGUGGAAUUCCGGGACUCGCAGGCAACAGCAAUGUCAGUAGACUGUCUUGGGCAGCAUGCAGUACUUUCUGGGCGCCGCUUUCUCUACAUUGUUAACCUGGAUGCACCUGCCGACGGACACCGCAAGAUUUCCCGUCAGAGCAAGUGGGACAUUGGGGCCGUGCAGUGGAAUCCCCACGAGAGCCACGCCUAUUACUUUGCGGCAUCGAGCAACCAACGUGUUGACCUGUAUAAGUGGAAGGACGGCAACGGGGAAAUUGGCACUUCCUUGCAAGGACACACCCGUGUCAUCAGUGAUUUGGACUGGGCGGUGUUUGAGUCAGAUCUACUGGUUACCAGUUCAGUUGACACGUACAUCUACAUCUGGGACAUCAAAGACACCCGAAAACCUACUGUCUCUCUCUCUGCUGUUGCUGGAGCCUCCCAGGUAAAAUGGAAUAAGAAAAAUGCCAACUGCUUGGCAACCAGCCAUGAUGGGAAUGUGCGCAUUUGGGACAAAAGGAAACCAAGCACUGCUGUGGAGUAUCUGGCAGCCCACCUCUCUAAAAUCCACGGCCUGGAUUGGCACCCAGACAAUGAAAACAUUUUGGCCACCUCCAGUCAAGACAAUUCCGUCAGGUUCUGGGACUACCGACAGCCCCGGAAAUACCUCAACAUUUUGGCCUGUCAGGUUCCGGUCUGGAAAGCCAGAUAUACGCCUUUCAGCAAUGGGCUGGUGACGGUGAUGGUGCCCCAACUUCGAAGAGAGAACAGCCUCCUCCUGUGGGAUGUCUGCGACCUCAACACACCAGUUCACACCUUUGUGGGACAUGAUGACGUUGUGCUAGAAUUCCAGUGGAGGAAACAGAAGGAAGGCUCAAAGGACUAUCAGCUGGUCACCUGGUCUCGAGAUCAGACCCUUCGGAUGUGGCGAGUGGAUUGUCAGCUACAGCGGUUAUGCUCCAGUGAACUCCUGGAGGGGGUGGAGGAGCUGAUGGAUGGGAUUUCCCUUCUGCCAGAGGCGGACAAGGCCCUGCCGGCCCAAGACACGGAGCCCCCGCAGAACUUCACCCACGGGCAGGAGGAAAUUUUCAAAGAAGAUUCCCAGAAAAGCUUCCUGGUGGGAAAGAAGCUAGACCAGCUGGGGCUGCCUCAGACCUUACAACAGGAGUUCUCGCUGAUCAACGUGCAAAUCCGCAACGUAAAUAUGGAGAUGGAUGCCGUCAAUCGGAGCUGCACCGUCUCAGUGCACUGCAGCAACCACAGGGUGAAGAUGUUGGUGAUGUUCCCUGCCCAGUAUCCUAACAACGCUGCCCCCUCUUUCCAGUUUGUCAACCAGACCACGAUCCCUUCCACCAUGAAGGCCAAGUUGUUGAAGAUCUUGAAGGACACUUCCAUGCAGAAAGUGAAACGCAAUCAGUGCUGCCUGGAGCCAUGCCUACGCCAGCUGGUCUCCUGCCUGGAGGCUGUUGUGAACCAGGAGGACACCUCCUCCAGCGACCCCUAUGCGCUCCCAAAUUCCGUAACGCCGCCUUUGCCAACCUUUCCGAGGGUCUCCAACGCCUAUGGCUCCUACCAGGAUUCCAAUAUUCCAUUUCCACGAACCUCUGGAGCGAGGUUCUGUGGGGCAGGGUACCUGGUCUACUUCACCAGGCCAAUGACGAUGCACCGCACGGUCUCGCCUACCGAACCAACCCCGCGAUCCUUGUCUGCCCUCUCGGCCUACCACAGCGGCCUCAUCACGCCCAUGAAGAUCCGCACAGAGAGCCCUGGCAACCUGCGGUUGUACGGCGGGAGUCCCACGCGUAGUGAAAAGGAGCAGGUCUCCAUCAGUUCCUUCUACUACAAGGAGAGAAAGUCCAGGAGAUGGAAGAGCAAACGUGAGGGGACCGAGGUCAGCAGCCGGCCUAUCAAAGCAGCUGGCAAAGUCAUCAUUCAGGACAUCUCCUGCCUGCUCCCCGUCCAUAAAUCAUUAGGGGAGAUGUAUACACUAAAUGUGGUGGACAUUCAGGAGACCUGCCAGAAGAACGCAGCCUCAGCCUUGACUGUGGGACGCCGAGACCUCUUGCAGGUUUGGUCCCUGGCCACGGUGGCGACUGAUCUCUGCCUGGAUCCCAACGCUGACCCAGACUUGGAGACCCCCUGGGCCCAGCACCCUUUCGGCCGCCAGCUCCUGGAGUCUCUCUUGGCCCACUAUUGCCAGCGCCAUGACGUGCAGACCUUGGCUAUGCUGUGCAGCGUCUUUGAGACUCAAUCCAGACCUCAGGGACCCCCAAACCUCACAGGCCUGGCUCCUCAGCACCCCUCCAGCCACAGUCGAUAUCCCAGCUUUACCUCCUCUGGCUCUUGUUCCAGCAUGUCAGACCCCGGGCUGAGCACCAGCAGCUGGAACAUAGCCAGCAAAGAGGCGGAACACACGCUAGGCUGGGCCGAAUCUUCGCCUGACGACUUUCGCCUUGGGAACUUGGUGUAUGCUGAUCCCCGGGACCGAGAGAGAGACCAGCAUGACAGGAACAAAAGGCUCCUGGAUCCGGCCAACACGCAGCAGUUUGACGACUUUAAAAAGUGCUACGGAGAAAUCCUGUAUCGCUGGGGCCUGCGAGAGAAACGUGCCGAAGUCCUCAAGUUUGUUUCCUGCCCCCCCGAUCCCCAUAAGGGAAUUGAGUUUGGCGUCUUCUGCAGCUACUGCCGAAGCGAAGUGCGCGGCAUUCAGUGCGCCAUCUGCAAAGGCUUUGCCUUCCAGUGUGCCAUCUGCCAUGUGGCCGUGCGGGGCUCUUCCAACUUCUGUCUGACCUGUGGCCACGGAGGGCACACCAGCCACAUGAUGGAAUGGUUCCGCACCCAGGAAGUCUGUCCCACGGGCUGUGGCUGCCACUGCUUGCUGGAGAGCACUUUCUGACAGUCCACCUUCAGGGGCUGACUCGGAUCCCUCCCAGGCCAGGUGAUCUCCAGCUGACCAGCAAGGAAGGUCCCAGGUGGCUUCCGACAUGGAUGGCCAGGGCACUCUUGACAGAAGUGAGGUGCGGUGGCUGGCGGUUCCCUAACUUUUGGGGAAGGUUCUGUGCUAGCAGAGCGCAAGAGGAGAGACAACGGAAGCUGAAGAACAGCUUGGUGUGCUGAAAGGUUCACAACAGAGGGAUGGAGUCUUCCCCCCAAAAUAUGCACUGGGAAGACCUUCUGCUCAGUUACAUUACUGUUGCUUCUUUGGACAAACCUCUGAGAUCUUGAUACUUAUAUGAAGAGAUCGAACAAAUAAUAUUUACCAAGACACAGAAAAGUCUUCUGUCUUUGCAGUGUAGGUUGCUUGAAUGAAUUGGCAUGUCCUUUGGGGAAAAAGGGAGUCUCCCACUGCAGCAUGGACACCGGGGGCAUUGGGGAGCCUUACCUGUCUUGUGGCAGGUGUUGACUUUCCUCCUCAUUUGCCACUGUAAAAUUACCCUUUUUUCCCAAAGAUGUUGAGCUGUAAUUGCUUCAUGGGAAUGGACUCGUUUGACAAAUGUGGGAGCAGAUUCUUUUAAAAAGAGAAGGUCUUGGAUUCUGAAACGGCAGGGCCAAUAUUUGGCUUUGGAUUAACGGUUUCAAGACUGAGCUGUCUGUGUUUUGGAGGCUGAAAUGCACUUGAUCCUGGUGGAACCGGUGGGGGGAAGCCAUACACCAUAUAAAUCCUUCCUGGUACCAACAGGAGCCUGGGCUGAGCCCUCCUGCUCUGAUCCUUCGGUGCCUGGACUUAGGUUUGCUGACCCUCUCUGAAGCAUGGAGACUGUCACAAUUUCCUUCAAGCCAUGAAGCUGAGGAAGUGUAUUUUUGUAUAUUCACUUAAUAAUUUUUUAUAAAGGUUUUGUGUUCUGCA